AUGGGAGAAAUUUAUGAAAAUUCUAGCUCAUCUCGUCCCUGGGGAAACUCCCCGUUCUGUGGCUUCCGCCUCCUCUCAGAAGAACGAAUAAGCCUAACGAUCGAACAACCUCGUGUCGUUUCCCUCGCAUUCUCAUUCCUCAUCCACGAAAUUCCAGUUGCACUUAACAUCAUCGUUAUCCUACGGUUGGACGCUGUUCAGCACUAAGACGAAGCAAUGGCCACGGAUACGAAAAUUCGCGAUGUUAUUUGUCUUAGGGGAUCGGCACAACUUAUUCAGGAAUUCUUUUAUUUUGGUCUUAAUAACAUUCUUUACCUGCGGGGUAUAUAUCCUGCAGAUUCUUUCGAGAAGAGAAAAAAGUACGGACUCACCAUGCUCAUUUGUAAAAAUCCAGAACUGGAACAAUAUUUGAAGCCACUCUUAAAGCAAGUGAAAUAUUGGUUGGAAAAUAAGCAGUUAAGGAAACUGAUUAUUGCGGUCGCAAAUAUAGAAACUAAACAUCCAGUGGAGCGAUGGCAAUUUGACAUUGAAACAGAAGAAAUUAUUAAGCAAAAUGGUGAAAACUCUACCAAAGAAAAGCAUGAAGGGAAAAUCAGACAGGAGAUGGCUGAAGUGAUGAGGCAAAUAACAGCCUCGGUAACGUUCCUACCAUUACUUGAAUCACCGUGUUCGUUUGAUGUGCUCAUUUAUACUGGUAAGGAGACGGACACACCGGAGAACUGGGAAGAAACUAGUGCCUGUUCAAUUCUUGAUGCCGAACAAGUGGAGUUCCGCUCUUUCUCAACGGCGGUACAUACAGUGCAUACGAAAGGCAGGAUUACAUGUGCAAAUGUUUUGAGCGAUUUGUAUGCGAUGGGAGUGGUUGACUGUGACAAUAUGUUGGUCUUACUUGGUAUACCCAAAGAUAUUAGUGAUAACGAGCGGGACGUUGUUGCCACCAAUUUUUUCGAUGGUUUUAAGGAUACUGCAACAGAAGCUGGUACCGCCAUCAGAGGCGGUCAGACAGUACGUUGUCCUUGGCUGCUACUAGGUGGAGUAGCUACGAGUGUGUGCAGCACUGAUGAAAUGGCUACGGUUGAUGGAGCAUGCCCUGGUGAUGUUCUAUUGCUCACCAAACCACUUGGAGGCCAGGUGGCAGUAAAUUCAUAUGAAUGGCUCAAAAGAGGAAAUCCCCGUGUGAAGGAGCUGAAAUUAGAUGGGGCAAGAAUUGUGCGCGCAUAUCAACAGGUCGUUGAACAAAUGUGUCGACUAAAUAGAAAUGCUGCACGCAUGACUCUAAAGUAUAGCACCCAUGCUUCAACAGAUGUAACCGGCUUUGGAAUUCUAGGACAUGCUGACAAUUUGGCGAAAGCGCAGAAGGCGGAAGUGCAAUUUAUUAUUCAUACCCUGCCUAUAAUCGAUUACAUGGCCGAAAUCUCAAAAACAAUGGGCAAUGGUUUCAGUCUAUUCAGCGGGACAUCUGCGGAGACAUCAGGCGGCCUCUUAAUUGCUGUGGAAAAAGAGAAGGCGGAACAAUUACGCAUCGAACUGGAACAGCUUGAUGGAUUCCCAGUAUGGCUUGUGGGCAAUGUCAUCAGCGGCUCACGUGGUGCUGUUAUUGCUGAAGAUGUAAAAAUCGUCUCUGUAGCUUCAAAAAUACACCCUGUCUAA